AUGCGGAACGUUCCCUAUAAGGAAGCAGUUGGAUGGCUGACCUACUUGGCUCAAGGAACACGACCGGACAUACUUUUGGCGGUGAACAAGGUCAGCCAGUUUAGCGGAAACCCCGGUCGUCGCCAUUGGGAAGCAACAAAACGAAUUAUGCGGUAUUUGAAGGGCACCAUCGAUCAUCGUUUGGAGUACAACAGAGCCGGCGAUCCUCAGUUCACCGGAUACACAGACGCGGAUUGGGGAGGAGAUCCGACAAAUAGGAAGUCGACAACGGGCUACAUCUUCAGCACGAUGGGAGGAGCCGUGUCCUGGAAUGUCAAGCGGCAGCCGUCCGUAGCAUUGUCGUCGUGCGAGGCGGAAUUUGUGGCACUUUCUCGGACAACGCAAGAGGCACUAUGGUGGAAGCAGCUGUUGCAGGAGAUAGAAGGUCAACGAACGAUUCCCAUUUUCUGUGACAACCAAUCCGCGAUAUGUAUAGCACAAAACGAAGGAUUCAACCCGAAGACCAAGCACGUUUCGAUACGAUACCAUUUCGUGAAGGAUAGUCUGGAGAGAGGAGAUGUUGCGUUGCACUACAUCCCAACGCAGCAGCAACCCGCGGAUGGCUUCACCAAGGUUCUACCGAAGCAGAAGCAUGAAGCAUUUCGAAGAUAUUUAGGGUUAGUAAACUAA